AGCGAGCACGAUCGACGCGGUGCGGCGCACAACGUACGGCGAGCGGGGCACGCGGGAACGGGGGAACAGCUGGAAGGGAUGGCGGCGUUAGGGAUGUGCGGGCACGACGGGGGCAGCCGUGUUAUACAGUGUGGGAGCAGCCAGCAGCAGCAACCAGGAACAGCAGUAGAUACGGCAGCGGUAUAAGCAAACUACUACCAAGUACUACGAACGAACGGACGAGACGUCGUCGUAGUUUUCACGAAUAAACGUUAUCGCGCGAGUUCACGACAAGAGUGAAAAAAGUGGUAACACGACAAACGGUGGAAUCGUGUUCUCAUCGUGCACAGUGCGGGUCGUUCGACCACUACGUAUACGUAUACUCGUGCAUACGCACACAUAUACUCACUCACACACACACAUACACAUCACGCACACACGGGGAGUGCUUGAAAACGUGCAUCAUAUAGACGUGACUGCGCAGUCGCCAUGGGCAGCAUGACGGGAAGAUUGAAACCAAUGUGAAUAUAUGUGUAAAAUGGCAACUAAAAUGAACUAUGUGCAAGUGAGCACUAUUAGCAAAAGAUACUUCUUUUUCUGAAAGGGUGUCUGUAUUUUAAUUUUAAAAGGGUAUAAGGAAACAUGACAGAUGUUAAACCAAUUGGAAUUUCGCCGUCUCAACCACAACCACAACAACCUCAACAGCAGCAGCAGCAGCCAUCACAGCAACAGCAACCUCAACAACAGCAAAUGAUGAUUGCAACCCACGAAUUACAACAACAACAGAACGUACAACAGCCACAGCAACCACAGCAACAUGUGCAACAGCAGCAGCAACAACCUCAGCAAGUACAACAGCAAGCUCAGCAAGUGCAGCAGCAACAAGUGCAGCCGCAGCAACAGAUGCAACAACAAGUACAAGCACAGCAGCAAAUGCAAGUUCAGCAGCAAGUACAACAACAAGUACAACAGGUACAGCAGCAAGUUCAGCAGCAGCAGCAACAGCAACAACAGCAGCAGCAGCAGCAACAGCAAAACAACGGGCAGCAUAAUGUUGUUCCUACUCAAGUUCAAGUGCAGCCACAGGUAGCUGCUAGCAUGCCGCAACAACAGCUUCAAGGUGCUGUCGCAGUAUCAAUGCAACAUCAGCAGCAGCAAGGAGUAGGUGGUGUGUCCAUGACACUCUCAGGUCAACAGGGUGCAACCACUAUAACUACCAUGGCUGCGCAUCCGCAAGCGGUCCAAGUAAUUCAACAGCCAUUGCAAAAUCAAGCUUAUCACUUGCAACAAUUAUACAAUGCUCAGGGCACACCUCUGAUAAUGCCAGGAAAUCUUGCUCUCCACCCAGCAGGCAUAAAUCCUUCUUCUAUUCAAGUAAUAACAGCUGGAAAGCCAUUUCAAUCUGCAGCUCAACUAACUCCACACAUGCUGACAACAGCAUCUACUCCUGGACAAGGCGGUGCGCAUCCAGGGGCUGGCGGUACGAAGGUUCAAGGAUUUCCUACCGGCUAUUUACCCGUGCCAACCUCAGCUACUCCUGGCGGAGGUCAGACGUUGGUAUUUGGCCAAUUGGAUGUACUGGGUUCUCCUCAACCUCCACCCUCGUUGCAGCAGCAACAACAGCAACAAUCCGCAAACAAGCAAGAUCAGGUUCAAAAGUACGCAACAUGUGCUGCUGGAACACCUUCAGGUGGAAGGAAUGCCGGCAUGCAAUUCGCACCGUGGCAAUUCGCACCACAGGUAUGGACUGCAGGGUUGCAGUCGCCGACGAUCUUGACUGCUGCGCCAAAUCCCAUUUUUCUUAGGGGUGCCACACAACCUGAUAUGUUUAUACAGAGCCCUCAGCCAAUACAAGCGCACAAUGCUCUCGCAACGCAACAGCAAAUUCACGGUGUGCAACAAAUCGCGGCUACUGGUGGGAAACCGAAGGUAAUGGAUAUUCAGCAGCAGCAGUCGCAGCAGGGUAAGCCGAAUGUGGGUGGCCAACGACCGUUGAGCAUCUUACCAUCAUCUUUACAAGCAGUACAAGCUGCCAAUAUACGCGCAGCCAGUUCUGUUUCCACGCAAACUGUUCACGGAGUUCAAACUACGGUACAAGCACAGAGUGGUAAAAAUGCCGGAAGCUCUGGAAAAGGCCGUAAACCUGCGCAGGUACCGCAACAACAGCAACAACAACAACCAACUCAGCAGCAAUCGAUACAGCAUCAACUUGUUUUUAUACAACAGAAACAACACACACAACAGCAGCAGCAGCAGCAAUUGCAACAACAAUAUCAGCAACAAGUGCAGUCUACCCAACAGCAGAUACAACCUAAACCUAUCAUGACGAAUAUGACGUUACAACAGCAACAACAACCCGGCGUCGUUUUGGGUGCGGACCGUCCUAUUAUGCCGGUUGUAUCAGUGGGUGGAGUUGGGGUUGGAGUGGCCACUACGUCACAGAUGAAUCAGGUGCCCCAAACUCCCAUGCCAGCGGUGCAACAACUUCCUUUAUCGGCCAUUAAUCCAACUAUAAUAAGUAAUCAAAUACUUAGCGGAGCGUCGCAAGUUCAGACGAUGCCAAUUGUGAACACUGCACAAGAUCAGCAAAAUCAGCACGAUAACACCAAUUCAACGAUAAUGAUCACAUCACCGGAACGUAAUCCGCAAGCGGAAUGUCCACUAAUGUCGUCCACCACGAAUCCACCGGUAGCGAACGACGAUGGAUUAAAGUUACUGCUGAAGAAAGAAGAAGUGCCUGUCGUCACUACGGAGGAAAUCACGAUACUUCAGACAACAGAAGUAACAGAUGGGGACCAGAAUAAGCCGGUAAUAAAAGAAGAGGAAACGCUUGUCCAAAAAGUGGAAGAGAAACCGUGCAAUAAUCCGUUAGCAGGGCUUGCCAAUGCUGUGAACGCGAUUACGAACGGAGUGAGCAGCGAUGAACCAUCGAAUAUACCAGUCUCAGUACCAGCCACAGUAAAUAGUAAUAAACAAGCGCCACCUAAAGCCAUGGUAAAGCCGCAAGUCCUCACGCAUGUAAUAGAGGGAUUUGUGAUACAAGAAGCGUCGGAACCGUUCGCGGUAAGUCAAGACACUACCAAUACUCUCAAUCGGAAUAACACAGCCACCGAAAGGGAAACUCUCGAAGAACCACCGAGAAAGAAACACAUUCCUAAUUAUCCGAGUGAAGAGGAUGGAAGCAGUAGAUCGACCAGUAAAUGUGAAAACUGCGACAAGAUAAUCGACGAACAAAACAUCAAGCUCAAGAAAGAGAAGCGAUUUUGCUCGUCAUUGUGUGCGAAGAGCAAAAAGCGCGAAACGCGCGAUGCUAAACUGGAGAAGCAGUGGACAGAGACUGAAACUAAAACCGCCGAUAAUGACAUAACGAAAAAGAACAGUGAGGAGAGGCCGUUAUCAACGAGCACCACAUCCUCCAUCGAUGAAUCACUGCCGAAAGUGAAUCCAGUUAAAUGGACGGUGAACGAAGUGUGCGAUUUCAUACGCGGUUUACCAGGAUGCGCUGAUUAUGCGGAGGAUUUCGCCAUUCAGGAAAUCGACGGUCAAGCACUUAUGCUGCUGAAAGAAGACCACCUCAUGUCAGCUAUGAGUAUUAAAUUGGGUCCCGCAUUGAAGAUCGUAGCCAAGAUUGAUUCGAUGCGCAUAGACUCUAAUUCUACUCCAAGCUCGAACAGCUCGUAACUAGGUUCAGCCGCAAAAAGCGGCCAUCUUUAUGGUGUCGAUUUCUAGUUUAUGGGCUACAGGGUUUUGUGCAAGUGCUCCUCAUGAUGAAGUGUGUCGUAGUGUAUCGAAAUGUAUUUCAUCGGACGUUUUACAAUCGUGAAUAUAUGUCGUUUAACUCUAAAAACAGUUUAUAUAAUUUUUUCUUUUUCUUUUUGUAAGUAUGUUACACAAUGAUGAUCGAAAUAAUGAUAACAGACGUUGCUCGACUUACGAACGAGGUAAGGAAUUUCGUGUUAUCAUUGUCAUCAAAAUCGAGACAUUUGUGAGUGGCGAUAAAACUCGGGACUUUUCCUCUUGUGAAUGUCCGUCCUUUUCAGGACAUGUCUUACCACAAUGUUUUCUUGUUUAUUAUAUAACAAGGACAUUGCUUGUUCUAUGACGAUGAAUAGGAAGGAUUGUGUAUCAUACGCGUGCACAAGAUUUUCCAAAUAAUAAACUUUGAAAAAGUGUUCAGCCGAAUGAUCUUUGCAUAAAAAUACUUUUUUCAAAGAUCAUACCUCGAUCACGUGUUAUUCGAGAAUAUCGUCCUAUAUUAUCAAUUGGAUAUAGUUUCUCGAAAA